GUUGUAUAGCACUUUUUAUUUUGUCCCAGUCGCAAAACUUUUAUCAUCAUUAAAAAAAAAAAAGCCUGAGCUUUGUUGAUUAUUAUUCGAAAUAGAAAAAGAACCAUCGGAGAGAUGGAGUACUGUAGUACAACUCCACCGGAGCUCCCGCCGGAACUGUGGCUGGAAAUCCUAUCAUACAUUCCCACCAAGCCACUGAUGCGAUUCAAGUCCGUGUCCCGACUUUGGCUAUCAAUUAUUUUUGAUCCGGCCUUGGCCAGAUUGCAUUGCCGCCGGCCUGGCUCUUUUAAAGGGCUUCUUAUCUCGAACGCGUUUGGAUUUGGGAGAGGGAACUUGGAAUUUUGUUAUGUGAAUCUGGAUGAUCAAGUCAAACAAAUUUCCCGUCACCACGAAGUCGGCCAAAGCCUUCAGCUCAAAUGCACCUAUCCGGUCAACGGUUUGGUGUGUUUCUAUGAACCCGGCAGCCGUGGUAAUUCCUACUUGCACAAUGUUGCCACUCAGGAAACCCUCCAACUUCCGACGACUAAAUCUCCGGCUUUUAUCCUCCGUCUCGGUUUUGACCCGGUUACCAAGCUUUACAAGCUGUUGAAGAUGUCCAUAGACCACCAUGGCGAGUACAUUAAGGAUUGCGAGAUUCUAACUUUUGGAGAAGGCCAAGGGUCUGUACUCCCGUCGCCCGAGUGGAGAAGCAUUGAUUCUCCGUCUCCACCAACGGAGGUGGAGUUUUUCAACACGAGCGUGUGUUACGAUGGGGUUAUAUACGGGGAGAGGUGGGGAGGAAGUGAUGCAAUCUGUGGUUUCCAUCUCUCGAAAGAGAUGUUUUUCAGUUUUCCAAAGCCAGAAAGUUGCGAGGAAUAUGAGAGGUCUAGGUUAUUGCACUUUGGACCCGGUUUGACUCUAUCAACUUACAGCUAUACAGUUGUUAAAGCGCAAUGUAAGGUAAUCUCUUGUCACGGGGACCUAUCUCCCGAGGUGUCGAGUGAGCUGAAGUUUGAGUUCCAACUGAUGAUCGGGGAUAAAUAUCUAACUGUCGUUGGUAUACUUCCUGAUGGAAAGAUUGUGUCGUGCGGGGAUCUCGACGACAAUUCAGAGCAGAUGAUGAUUUUAUAUGUAUAUGAUCCAUCCCGGAAGAAAACUGAAAAUUUCCAACUUGAUUCCGCGUCAUUACCCAGGCCGUCCUCGUCGUCAUCAAUCUUCGAUUCAUUGCGGUUGUAUUUUCAAGAGAACAUUGUCUCGUUGAGGUGUUUGAUUCCACAUUAA